UGCGUCUUCAACAACAACAAAUUCGAAUCAAUUUCCAACCAAAAAUCAGAAAUUCGAGAUUGCAGGAAUAUAUUCUGAAAACAUCAGAAUUUUGAAGACGGAAUCGUCAAGUGAAUAUGCUCUAUCUCCUGAAGUACUUUCUGAAGCGGUAUCACAUGAUGUUGCUUCUGGUCUCAAACCUCUUUUCUUAUGUGCUACUGUUCUGGUCCGAAUGGUGCAAUAAUUCAUUACAAACCAGAACCAGAUAGUUGCAGCAUUGUGGAUCCUGAAAAACUCUUCUUGCUUGACAGUGGAGCACAAUAUAUAGAUGGGACAACAGACAUAACGAGGACGGUUCAUUUUGGUGAAACUACUUCUCGAGAAAAAGAGUGUUUCACUCGUGUUUUACAGCACAGCACAUCAGAGCGCCACCAGCACAGCACCACAGAAGCUCACCAGUACCGCAACACAGAGGACCACGCAGCAGAACCCAGCAAACACAGCAGCCUGACUAGCAAGCAACACAGCACUACAGCAGAGCAGCAAACACCCAGCACUACAACAGAGCAGAACAGAAACACAGCAGCUCAAGCACUCAAACCAGUCACCCAGUCAGCCUGAACAUAACAAAGACACGGCCACAGAAGCAAACAGAUGCCUAGCCAGCAUGAACAAGCAGAGGCACAGCAGCGCAGCUAAAUGGAAACAGCAGAGCAGUUUGGUUAUUUAAUUUUUUUUAGACGAAAAUUAUAAUAUUACAGCCUUUUUUAAUGAAAAUAUGUAACUUUAUUUUUUUUAU